AUGUCCGGCUCCCCGGUGAAGCGGCAGAGGAUGGAGAGCGCCCUGGACCAGCUCAAGCAGUUCACCACCGUGGUGGCCGACACGGGCGACUUCCACGCCAUCGACCAGUACAAGCCCCAGGAUGCCACCACCAACCCGUCCCUGAUCCUGGCUGCAGCGCAGAUGCCCGCCUACCAGGAGCUGGUGGAGGAGGCCAUCGCCUACGGCAAGAAGCUGGGCGGGUCCCAGGAAGAACAGAUUCAAAACGCCACCGAUAAGCUGUACGUGCUGUUUGGAGCGGAAAUACUGAAGAAGAUUCCAGGCCGCGUGUCCACGGAAGUGGAUGCCAGGCUCUCCUUUGACAAGGACGCCAUGGUGGCCCGAGCCCUGCGCCUCAUCGAGCUCUACAAGGACGCCGGGGUCAGCAAGGACCGCAUCCUGAUCAAGCUGUCGUCCACCUGGGAAGGGAUUCAGGCUGGAAAGGAGCUGGAGGAGCGGCACGGCAUCCACUGCAACAUGACGCUGCUCUUCUCCUUCGCCCAGGCCGUGGCCUGCGCCGAGGCGGGCGUCACGCUCAUCUCCCCCUUCGUGGGGCGCAUCCUCGACUGGCACGUGGCCAACACGGACAAGAAGACCUACGAGCCCCAGGAGGACCCUGGAGUGAAGAGCGUCACCAAGAUCUACAACUACUACAAGAAGUUCGGCUACAAGACCAUCGUCAUGGGCGCCUCCUUCCGCAACACGGGCGAGAUCAAGGCGCUGGCCGGCUGCGACUUCCUCACCAUCUCGCCCAAGCUGCUGGGCGAGCUGCUCAAGGACAGCAGCAAGCUGGCGCCCGCGCUGUCGGCCAAGGCGGCCCAGGCCAGCGCGCUGGAGAAGGUGCACCUGGACGAGAAGGCCUUCCGCUGGCUGCACAAUGAGGACCAGAUGGCCGUGGAGAAGCUCUCGGACGGCAUCCGCAAGUUUGCUGCCGACGCCGUGAAGCUGGAGCGGGUGCUGGCGGACCGCAUGUUCAGCGCAGAGAACGGGAAGUAG